AUGAGCCCCACUGGCUCUGCUAGGGUUUUUCCAAACGGGAGAAGAAGAAUCGAUGUCAUAGGUGCUGCAAGUGAUUGGAGAGGAGAACGACAGGAGCAGUGGAAUGAAGGUAUUACAUUAUUUGUGGAUGGAUUGGAUGCGAGAGCAAACUACAGACAAGUGAGGAGGAUGUUUGAGAAAUUUGGGAAGGUUGAAUGCGUCUUCAUUCAGAAAGAAAGGAGGGCAAGAAGGAAAUUUAGAUUUGGGUUUGUAAGGUUUGGUACACGGGAAGAAGGCAUUCGGGCUAUCCAGGGUCUUAAUAGGAAAAAGCUAAACAGUGCUUUCAUAACAGUACACACAGCAAGGUUUCCUCUAAGAUAUGGAGAAGAGAGAAAGCAGGCUCAACCCAGGUCUAAACAGGGACGACCAAGAAAACAGGCAUGGAGACGUAAAGAACAGAUAGUUGGUGGGUUAGGGAAGAAAAAUAAUACUUCUCGAAUGGAGUGGCGUGUCAAGAGGAAAGAAAGCGCUGAGAGCCAGGAAAACCAUAUGGAAACAGGUGAGAAUGCAGAAGAAUUCAAACCUACCUAG